AUGAAGCUUAGCCUAGACGAGCAAGAGGGGGUUAUGAAGGAGUUUGCGGACCCCGUAGAGUUUAUAAAGGGAUAUGUGGAUGUUUACGAGAAGCAGAGAGGCGUUCCUGUGAAGGUGUAUCUAGAGGACAUUUCGUACUACGAAAGGUUUGAGCCUAUGUUUCUCGAUCUAGUUCUUAAGAGGGCCCUUUCUGAAGGGUCUUCAGAUCUGAAUUUUCCUGAGGUUGAGGAGUUGCUGCACGCCUUCUGUGGCAAAGAGUUCUACGACGAAAGGUUCUACCUUGAGUCUACUCUGGUUCUUAUCAAGGGGAUAGCCAUACUUGUAGACAGGGUGGACCAGGAGGUGCAGAGAAGGAUGUUUGAUAAUGUAAGGUAUUUGUACUAUUACACAACAGAGCCGAUUGACCUAACGCGUGUCCUUGUCGAUCCCUGCACAAGAUGCAUUCAGGAUCCUCCGGCUUUGGUCAAGGAGAUGGCAAAGCUCCGAGAGACUGUGGGAUUUGUAAACAAGCAGCUUGAGGAUGUGGGGAACUCAUUUCUGGCGAAUGAUAGGAGAUUAAAGGACAGGAUGAAUCUUUCUGAGGGGAUUCUUGGGCAGAAAAGAAUAGAGAAAUACAGAAUAGAGGAUGUGUAUGGAAGCAUAUUUGACCUUCUCAUGGUAAAGGCUACGGGAAUGGAUAUGGAGUCUGGGUAUGUCUACAUUAUGGGGUUUUGCAGCGAGUUCAUCAUGUCUGAGGUUGGGGAAGAGGAUGCUAUUCUUCACCUAAAGGAGUAUGCAAAUGGAUUGCUGAUUAAGAAAGAAGAGUGA